GUGGGAGCGCGCAUGACUCCAUAACUGAGGGAGCGCGUUCACGUGACAGAGGAAGGGAGAGUUCUUCUUUUCACUGCUCCAUCCGGGAACUUUCCGAAUUAGCAUUGACAACCAAAGCGCAACUUUUUCCCCAGGCAAAGUGAAAUCAAGCCGCGCACUCGGACAAAAUAUAGUUCCCCAUUUUCAACUUAAAGUCUUAAAAAUAAAGCCGUGCGUAUCGGAUAGGUCGAAUAGGAAUUUGUCGCGUGGAUAUCGGAGUGGAUCUAUGUGACUGCUGAAAUCUUUAGCUUGCCUUUUGAGCACUUUUGUUUAUACUGGCGUAAAGUGGGUGAUGAGUCUUACGGCCAGUAAAGAAGCGAGAACUUGCUGUGCAGCCCGAGUAGUUCUUGCGAUUGUUGUUGCUUUAAAAAUAUUUGUAUUACGCCACAAAUAACGCGGAUCGCGUCGAAAGUGGGGGAAAAGUGCUUCUGAAGUCGGAAUAUGGAGCUACAAGGCCUUCAAGAAGCAUUGAAAGUAGAAGUCCAAUGUCAUCAGGUAAAUAAAAAUGGCAUUUUGUUGAAGCUUUCCCGGGACUUCUUAUGUGAAUACACGCUGGAAGACAGAAAUCCGCCGUGUGCGAGCGGUUUAAUUUGGCUGGAAGUAGUAGCCUUUUAGAGUGAUACAACGGUAACAGUCUUUCGCCUUUAUGACGCCAUAAUCACUUUGAGCGCAGAUUGUUAAAACGCUCUUUGAUGCACUUUAACGCGUGCGGCGUGUUUUUUUGCGAUUUGCACUAAUAAUGCGGCGGUUUUGUGUAGCGAUCGGGACGAGACUUGAAUAUUUAUGAGGUUCAAACGGACUCAGUGCUCGUCGCUUUGUUCCUCCCUCAUAUCCUAACUUGAAACACUUUAAACGAAACGUCUUUUCGUUGUUUUAUUUCGUUUAGAAACUAGUUGCACAGACGAAGCAGGACCCACAGAAGCUCGCCGUCAGAAGUUGUCCUGUGGGGACAGCCGCCAAACCCCUCGCCCUCAUCAAGCCGCCCAGCCAGAGCAUCGCCAUCUCAGUGGUGCCAGCAAAGACUCCCGUUUCCAUGGUGACGGCACACAUUAAUGGACAAAAGGCGUUGAGUUCUGAGACGCUCCAGACAUCCCCCAUCAACCUCCAAACACCCGCCGGACAGCACAUCAGCCGCUCACAGAUGUUGGGAGCCCUCACUGCGAUUCCGAUAAAGGUGCCUCACAUCAGCUCUUUGCAGCGGCUGGCAGGACACUCACCCAGUGUGCUACCUCAGGUCAGGCCAAAGACUUUCAUUCCAGACAGCCUUCCUCACAGCCCAUGCCAAGAGCAGCAGUCCGGUCAAACGCUGGCCGUGCCGCAGAGCAUGGCUGUGGUCAGCCCAAAGAGCCAAGGCGCAUCCUUGCCAACUGCCAACAGCACCUUCAGUCACGAGAGACUGUCCAACGGGCAGGAUGAGAGUUCCUCUUUGCCCUCGUCUGGGCCGAGCACGUCCACAGCCUCCGCAAGUCCAGGGGUGGCCUACGCCAUCAUCUCAGCAGCCUCGCCUGCAGCCCAUGGGGUGUCAGGAGUAACCGAGGCCAUUAAGGUGCAACCGCUGAUUUUCAGCCCUGACAGCAAGGUUAUAAUCAUUCAGCCCCAGAUUCCCAGCAACUCCAAGAGUUCUCCGGCCUCACAAAGUAACAGUCCUGUGAAGGAGCCAAGAUCUGACCCCUCAACCCCAGCCAAAAAGGAGGAGGAUCCAGAGAAAAUUGCCUUCAUGGUCGCAAUAGGCCUGGUCACUACAGAACACUUGGAAGAGAUCCAGAGUAAACGGCAGGAGAGAAAAAGGCGAAGCACAGCUAAUCCUGCGUACAGUGGACUGUUUGAACCAGAGCGCAAAAGACUUGCCUCCAAUUACCUGAACAGUGCGAUGUUUCUGUCGGCGAGAGACUCUGAGGAGCUCUGCUGGAAGGAGGAGCUGCAGCAUGAUGAUCACUGUGCAGUGUGUAAACAGGAAGGAGAUCUUCAGCCGUGCCACACUUGUACCCGCUCCUACCACCCCGACUGCCUGCAUCCACCUCUCAAAACUGCCACCAGGGGCAUAUGGAUGUGCCCCAAGUGCCAGAAGAAAGUUUUGAACAAAGAGAACUUGUCUUGGCCACAGAACUUCAUCCAGUCGUAUGUUACACAUAAAACAGUGAGAGAGGAGGAACGCAGGAAGCUAAUGAGGAGAAACACUGAGCUGAAACUUGAGUGUGAACAUCUGAGUGAAGAGGACAAGAGACUCUGCGAUUCUCUCUCGAAAUGCAUUGAGCUGAAGGAGCGUCUUUUGGGUCAGCAGCGGGAGACUCAGACGUCCCUUGAGCGUCUCAAGACUCUGAUCCGACUCAUCCAGCGUGACCAGAUGAUCCAAGUAACUAUGACGGCCACCACCACCACUGGAGCGUCGCUGCUCUCGCUGCCGUGGAUCAAAGCCACGGGCAGCAGCACCAGCACCAUGGCGCCCACAGCUGGCUCCUCCGCAGUACUGCACAAAACCACGCUUCAGCCGCAAGGCAACAACUGACCCCAAACCCACACAAACACACAGAACAGCUCUCUACAAAACCACCGAACGCCUUUGUAAAGAGACACGGACAGUGAUAUCCAACUAACGUGCAUUUUCUUCUGGUAACGUCUUACAAUAAAAUAAUGGGAAAUUUUGAGAAAAAAAAAAAAACUAAAGAAAUUAUGAGCAUCACUCAAUUCAUAAGUAUUUUUUAAAGGCAACACAGUGCUCACAAGAUUUUUUUUUUAAUUCACUGUUUUAUAAUGUAUUAUUUUUCUUGGCCUUAAUGUAUUUAUGACUAGAUUACGAUGCUGUUGCAGUUAUAUGAAAUAAGUAUUCUGCAUAGUUAGAAACAUUUCUUUUUAUGCUUUGCGUUUUUUACUGGGGUUUGGUGUGUGUGCGUAUCGGGGGAAUAAUCGUUCGCAUUUAGUUAUUGAGAAGAUUAGCAUAGUUUUAGUUGAAGACAAGCGACAUAUGAAAUGGAGAGCACUGUACAUUGAUAUAUCAGAAUAAACGUUUGUUUUCAGUUUUUGAUGAACAAUGUUUGCCAUAAUAAUUCAGGUUAAAGCGAGACAGGGAAAUGUUUUCGUUUUGUUCAUUUUGAGUGUACCUGCGAGCAUACAAACAUAAAAAUAAAAAACAACAACAACAUGUAAUAAUUUUUCAGUAUUAAUAGAGAGAAAAGAACAAAGUAUUUAAGAUAACAACAGAAUUUAGCCUUUUUAGUGCAGAAUUUAGUAUUUUCAUCCUGAUGCCUGUUAAUGAUUUCAAAUAAGUAUUGGAGAGAGGGAUCUUUGUACAUAUAUGAUUUUUAUUUUAUUUCGGCUGUCCCAACAACACAAACGAAAAGGCCAUUUGAGUUCUUUGAGUGCCUGAUCCCGGAUUCCAAAAGCGUAUGUUUUGUCUCCCCACUAUAUAAAAUAUGCCAAAAACCCUUGAGUGUUUUUGUACUGUUAACUGUUUAAUGUUUUCAUCUCAUCUUGCUCUCUUGUCCGCUUUUAGUUUUCUCUGAAGUGUUUUAUGUUUUUAUUUUCUUUUUUCACAUCACUCCAGGAUUAUCACAAGUUGCAUUAUUAUAAUUAUUAUUCUUUUUUUAUUCAUAUUCUUUAAAUGUUAGAAGUGAACACUGCCUGAUGAAUAAAAGUAAAGAAUUCAUAUCUAAAAAAGUCAAUGGAAAAAAUAGGAAUUGAUUUGAAUGGUACUUCUUUGAAGGGAAAGUUUAGCAUGUUCAUUUGAAUGGUUUGUCUUCCUGUGUGGUUCGAAAAACUAACGCCACAUCCCUGAUGGAGUUACUACAAAAUGCAAAAGGAAUAAGUCGCACAUGGUUAACUACAGCACUAUCGUUCUCAACAAAGGAUAUUUCAUUAAAAAACAAACAUUAGUUUUAGUUUUGAUUUAGUGUUAAAUAAGAAAUACCAUCAUUAUAUAUGUAUACCUUUAAGGGCUAACAGACUUGUAUUUAACCACAUUUGGAAUAAUUUUUUUUUUUCUUUCUUCCGUUUAAAAGGAAUAUCUACUGAAUUCAUAUGCAGCUCAAUUCGAGUGUAACAUUUGGUAGCAUCUGUAAAUUGUUUUUUUGUGUAACAUUUUCUAUGAAGUCUGUAUAUGUAAUGUAAUAUUAUAUGGUAAUGAUAUAAAUAUUAACAUAUGCUAUUGCGUUAACUUUAAAAAGCUUGUAAUUAACAGUAUUAUUACAGCAUUUAUUAAUCUUUGUUAUUUAUUUAAUUUCUAAAUAUAUAAUUGUUCAUUGUUAGUUCAUGUUAGUUCCUAAUGUUAAACUCUAUUUGGAAUUAAACAAUUUUGUAGACUCAACUUUAGCUUUACUUAUGCUGUUAUACAUUAAAAUGAAGAUUUUUUAUGUAUUUAUUUUUUCUUAUUACAGAUUAUAAAUUCAAAACAAACCAAGAUGAAUAAAUGUUGUAAAAAGGUCUUAUUGUCAAAUUAUUUUAUAAUAAAUUAAUUAAUUAAUAUGACCACUUAUAAUAUUCCAAUACUUAUUAAUGCUCAGUACAACACAUUAAAAUGAGAUCAAGACUUCUGUUAUUUUGUGUUAGAUAUUUAAAAGGUAUAACCAUAAGUAUGUGUUGUAUAUAUUACAAUACAUGAAGCAUUAUUUAUACAGACGUCAUAAAAAGUGUUUUUUUUUUCUUUCAGGUCCCAUAUUAUCAUAUUCAGAAUGUAACUUAAUGCAUAUCAUUUAUUGUUUCAUAACAGCUGUUCCUGCUAAGUACUGCAUUGUGAUCAGUUAAAAAAAAAUAAAAAAAAUAAAUAAUAAUAAUAAUAAUAAAAAGUAAACAUCCCUGAUUUACUUAAUUUACAUAAAUUAUUUUCUGAAAACAAGUAUUAAUUAACAAUUACUAAAAUUGUUUUUAUUUUAAAGUAAAUUAGCCUUGCUCUACAGAUGUUUACAUGUUUUUUAUUUUAUUUAUUUAUUUUAUUGGAAAACAAGACAAUGCUGAUUGAGAAAAUGACAGCAUAUGGCAGGGCAGUGGGAUGUGAUGUUAAUAUCAGCCCUUUCCAUGAAUACUGUAGAUUUAUUUAUUUAAUUUUUUUUUUUUAAUUUUGUAUAAGUAUUUUUAAGUAUAUCUGUGCUCUGUUCAUAUCACUUCCAUCUACAUUGCGGCAUGUCCCUGAUUUCUGUUCACCCGUUGUCGCCCAUGUUCCAGAUAUCCUCUCCGGGAGAAACUGUGCAGUGCUUAUACAGAUCUAUUUUACUACACUCAACACAACGUUGAAAAAAAAUCAAAUUAUAUUCUUUUAUCAGUAAACAAAUGAGGGAAGACAAAAAAAAGACAAUUUUUUUUUUAUUGUUUGCUAAUUAUGCAUUUUGACUUGGCUUGCAAUAUGUGACGUGUCCUUUUGCAACGGAGAAGGAAGCAAAGCGAAGUAGAUAAGACAACAGAGGUUUUUAGCUAGAUGUCUUUGGGCUGUGUUUUUCUUUGUCAUUCUGAAGGGGACUGUCCAGUGGAUAGUACAUAUAGAAGAGUGUUUGUCUUACAUAUGCCAAUGUAGUUUUUACAUCAUCUUAUGAUCUAUUAAAGUUGAUUGAUGGAAGUUCA